GUCCAAUGUUUUCGUUUUUCAGUGACAACAACCAGCUAUACGACGUUGUAAAGUGUUCAUAAAAAAAGGUAACCAACCAUGAAUAAUGAGCCUUAUCCUGAGUACGAUGAAAUGUAUGGCGGCCAACCCCUGAAACUAAACAAACUGCCCUCACUUGAGCAAAAUGGUGUCGAUGAACACAAGUCCAAGAAGCGAAAGAAGAAACGCAAGAAGUCACCGAGGAAAGCAGCUGCAGCAACUCAGACGAUAACCCCCAAAAGGAUUGACUAUGUCUUGGUUUACGCCAAGGAGGAUGAUGCCGACUAUGAAGAUACAGAUGAUAUUGAGGAUUGCCAGAGAAGGGCGGAGUUAAGAAAGAGGUUCAAGAAGGCAGCUAAGGAGACGGAGGGUCUUGAGAUACGAGAGAAGGACAUGGUAGAUAAGGUGUACGUCCUCAUCCACUGUCCGUUCUCAAGAAUGUGUCAUCAGGCUGAGUCGGUCAACUUGGAGAUGCCACUGGAAGGAGCUGCAAUUCCCAAGAACCCACAGAAAGGAUGUAUGCAUAAAAUCAACUCCUUGUUUGUCACGGAAGAUGAAGUGGAUUUUAUCAGCGCGCCUUUCUGCGUAGCAAAGAGGGCGGUAUUCCAAGGUAUUGAUGAACCAGAUAAAUUCUUCUCUCCUGCGCUACGCUCCCUCCUUGUUCAUAAUAUUUUGAUCAACAUUGAUGUCAGGGAGAAGGGAGAUACGGAAAAAGACUACAAAGAUUCCAUGAGGAGAAAGGGUCUCCCCUUCAUGCUGAUGAAGAAGGUGUUCACCGAUGCCUUUAUCAUGCAUGAAGAAUCAGUGUACGAACUCGUUGAAGAUGACGACACUAGAGAGAUACAAAGAGAACUCAGCAAAGAGAAAGGAGAUUUUGAUGCUAAAGCUGACCCCAGAGAGGCCUUGCACAGGACAUGGUGUAAAAGUUUUAAAUUCCAACCUCUAUGGAAGAUCAGAAACUACUUUGGGGAGAAGAUUGCAUUUUACUUUGCUUGGGCCGGUGAGAUGGCGUCAUUACUGUGGUUCCCGGUUCUCAUGGGAUUAGCGAUAUGGGGAUACGGAUUGUAUCUGAGUAUCACAGACUACAUGGAAGUUAUUGAGAGACGAGAUGAGAUUACGCUGCAGAGAGAACUCCUCAUCGAUGAACUCAGCGAGAACAUCACGCUGUACAAUCGAACGGAGGACAUCGCACUCUUUCAAAAUCUCACCAUUAAGCAGGAAGAUUCCGUCUUUUCAAACAUUGCUGAUACAUCCCUGGAGUUAUUGAGUGUAUUUCAGAAUUCCUUUGACUCUGAAGUCACUCCUUACUUUGCUCUCAUCAUUUGUCUUUGGGGUACACUGUUUCAGGAGUCUUGGAAGAGGAAGCAUGCUCGUCUAGCCUAUGAAUGGGAUGUGGACACCUAUCAUUUCUCAGAGCCUGAUCGUCCAGAAUUCUACGGCACGAAAGAACGAGAUGAUCCUGUGUCCUCCCUACCGGACUGGUACUAUCCAUUCCAUAAACAAUUCUUGAAGUUCAUGGCAUCUUUCGGCAUCCUGGUGUUCAUGGCCCUGUUGGUCAUCAGUAGUGUGGUAGGUGUGAUCGUCUACAGAGUAAUCUCAGCGGCGUUACUAUCGGAAUCAUCCAGUGUACUAAGAUUACUGGUAUCAACAGUUGUAGCGACACUGCUUAACUCCAUCUCUAUCAUGAUCCUAGGCAAAAUAUAUGACUUCAUUGCCUAUAAAUUAACAGAUUGGGAGAACCAUCGGACGCAGAGCCAGUAUGACGACGCACUGAUCAUCAAGCUAUUUGCCUUUCAGUUUGUCAAUAGCUAUGCAUCUCUGUUCUAUAUUGCAUUCUUCAGAGGCUUGACCCUAGAGGGUGGUAUCUUGUACAUGGGUGAAGGAUAUGAAGAUAGCUGUGGAGAUAAUAAUAACUGCAUGGCUCUACUCUCUCUGCAAGUCUUUGUUCUCAUGAUCAUCAAACCGUUUCCCAAAUUCCUCAAGGAUGUUAUCAUACCGUGGCUGGUGAAAAAAUUCAAGAAUUGUUGUUGUUGUGGUAAGAACAAAGUGAGUGACAUAGAGGCAAGUGAGCUGGAGAAAGCAGACUUCUUGAAGAGGGAAGGAGCUAAGCCACAGUUGGGUAACUUCACUCUGGGAGAGUUCACAGAGAAGACCAUUCAGUAUGGAUUCCUUAUGCUGUUUUCAUGUGCUCUACCCCUGGCUCCACUCAUUGCUAUCCUAGUACUGUUAGUGGAUAUCAGAGUGGAUGCAAGACGUAUGUUGUGGAUGAACAGACGACCCAUAGCAUUUAUAUCGGGUGGAAUCGGGAUGUGGUACAGCAUUCUAGACUUCCUCAACUUUGCUGGAGUCGUAACCAACGCUUUCCUGAUUGCGUUUACUGCUCAGUGGUCCAAGGACUUCACUAUUUAUGAUAAACUCUGGGUAGUCAUUGCCUUUGAGCAUUUUGUGUUGUCAGUCAAGUUCUUUAUUGCUUACGUCAUACCUGAUGUACCGUCUGAUAUAUCACUAUCAAUGAGGAGGCAACGCUACCAAAUCUCCCAGAUCAUGGAGAACGCAUCAAACCAAGGACCCGUGAAAAGUAAGGCCGGUGCCCCAGUCAAACUGGCGCCCGAUUUCAAAGCCUAUAACUUUGUUGAUUGUGAUGUUGACAAGCAACUAGGGUGUGAUAAUAACUCGGCCGAUAGUGGCCAACUAGGCAAUGGCGUAGUGGAGAAGAAGCAUAGCCUGGAGGAACACAACUCUGACGACCAAGUCGUUCUGGACACCUAUGUGCCAAAAUUGAGCUACGCACCGGAUGGUAACACCUACUUAGAUCAAUCAACAAAAUUUCCCGAAACCAAGAAGAAAAAGAAGAAGGUGAAGAAACACUCUUCAGAGGAGAUCCCAGAUGACAAUAUCGUAUCACCUCACGCCCAAUUGGUGUGUCCACCGGAACCAGACUACAUGGCGUACAAUAAUAAUGCAGGGAGUGGUUACGCGGAUUACCCAAGUGCAGAUGCUGUGUACCCACCUCUGGCGUAUAGUUUAGAUUACGCACCGCAAGUCCCCAAUCCAGUGUAUCCACCUCCAUACAAUAGCCACCAGAAUUCAUUCUUCUAAAGUUGCAUAAACUGGAAACAAUCCCUCUGCUGCCCCUGCCCAGGUUGUAUUGUGAUUUGGGUGUGAUCCCUGCGUAUACACACAGCCAUGUUUAUGGUGCAGACCGAGGACUUCUCUUUGUUCUCCCAUUGUUUGGACAUAGUUUAUUUUUCAGACGUCCCCAUUGGUUUUGUACACAAAAUCUACCGAGGACUGUCCCCGGUGUGACUUUUUUCCGGAUCCCUUUUGUUAAAGUCCUCCGUUGUCAAUAGCAGACAUGCCCACGUAUACCGUACACAGUUUUAUAACACAUCAGUGUAUGGGUAAAUCCGAUAAAAUCACUACAACUUUUAAAAAAUAUUGUCACACUUUUUGUUGUACAGCUAGCUUUUGUUUUAAUUCCUUGACGGUCACUAUUUUUUAAAGCGUUUGAAUGGGAAUGGAAUAGUUUUUGUUA